GGCAGUCUGCGUUUGUGUUUCGCCGUCGGUGACCUGUCGGUGACAUUUGCAAACAAUGCUCCUCGGGCUGAGAGGAGGGCGGCUGCUGCCGUCUCCUCGGCGCUGCCUCCUGCAUUGUCGCCACGUUAAAUCUGCAGCCACCGCUGCGAGUGGUGUUGGAGGCAGCGUGCUCUCUGCAUUUAGGUCUAUAUGUGGUGAGGACGGCGUCUCAUUGGGCGAAGCUGUUAGAGAACAACAUGGCAAAGAUGAGUCUGUACACAGAUGUCGUCCUCCAGAUGUGGUGGUGUUUCCACGUUGUGUGGAGGAGGUCAGUGCCUUGGCAAAGGUCUGCCACAAGCAACGACUUCCCAUCAUCCCUUUUGGCACUGGGACUGGCUUGGAGGGAGGGGUUGGAGCUGUGAAGGGGGGAGUGUGCUUCAGCUUAAGGAACAUGGAACAGGUUCUGGAUCUCCACCCAGAGGACUUUGAUGUGACGGUGGAGCCUGGUGUGACUCGGAAGGCUCUCAAUGCAUACCUGCGAGACACAGGCCUCUGGUUUCCUGUUGAUCCUGGAGCUGAUGCAUCUCUGUGUGGUAUGGCUGCCACCAGUGCAUCUGGUACUAAUGCAGUGCGUUAUGGGACUAUGAGGGAAAAUGUUAUAAACCUGGAGGUAGUGUUGGCUGAUGGGAGCAUCGUACACACUGCCGGGAAGGGCCGCCGUCCCAGGAAGACGUCAGCUGGCUAUAACUUGACAAACCUGUUUGUAGGCUCAGAGGGGACCCUGGGGAUCAUCACUAAGACCACAUUACGCCUCUAUGGCAUCCCAGAGGCCAUGGUGUCAGCGGUCUGCUCAUUUCCUUCCGUCCAGGCUGCUGUAGACAGCACAGUGCAGACGCUACAAGCCGGAGUACCCAUCGCUCGCAUCGAGUUUCUGGAUGAUGUGAUGAUUGAUGCGUGCAACAGGUUCAGCUCUCUGUCCUACCCCGUGACCCCAACUCUGUUCCUGGAGUUCCACGGCUCAGAACAAAGCCUCGAGGAGCAGGUUAAAACAGCCGAGGACAUCACUCAGAGUAACGGAGGGUCAGACUUUCAGUGGGCUCGAGAUACGGAAACACGGAAUCGGUUGUGGAAAGCUCGUCAUGAUGCCUGGUACGCUGCUCUGGCUCUCAGACUGGGCUGCAAGGCCUACUCUACAGAUGUGUGUGUUCCUCUGUCUCGACUGCCUCAAAUUAUUGUGGAGACAAAGGAGGACCUGAUUGAGAACAGACUUACAGGUCCCAUAGCAGGCCAUGUGGGCGAUGGGAAUUUCCACUGUCUGAUGGUGGUGGAUCCAAACGACCCCGAGGAGAUGCACAGAGUCCACCUGUUCACUGAGAGACUGGCUAGACGAGCCUUGGCCAUGGAUGGUACGUGUACAGGGGAGCAUGGAGUGGGUUUAGGAAAAAGGGCGCUGCUGUGCGAGGAGAUGGGGCCUGUGGGCAUCCAGGUCAUGCAGAGUCUCAAGGACACCCUCGACCCAAACAACCUGAUGAAUCCUGGGAAAAUCCUGCAGCGAGAAGAGCCAUGAGCAGCGUGUCCAUCUGAGUGAUUACAUCAUCAGAGUGAAGUUUGUGGAAGCACUUCUGUUAAAGGAGCACAAGUGGUUUAGAGUGAGCAAACAUAUGAAAUCAUUGAAGCAGUGAUUUACAAAUUCAGUUAAAUCAAGAAAGCUACAUGUGUUUUGUGGGAUUUCUCACGAAUGUUCCUACAUGCACCAGAAAACCUGACUCUUGGAAAAUGAUGAGUGUUAAUAAAAUCCUUUUUGCUAACUCCAAAUUUAAGUUUUUAAGGAAGACCUGGUUUGUUGUUGCAGAUUAGCAUGCAUUAUGUAAAGAUUAUCUUCCACAGAUCCUUUCUUUUUGUGUCUUUAAAAUUAAUGUCUAAUAUGUGGAAUCACUCCAAGUGCUGUUGAACCUGUUUGUGUGCUGAAUACAUUUCAUUGAAACUAGAAACUACAGUUUAUUAUGUUUUUACUUUUGUAAACACUUUACCUAACUGCAGAUGAGCAUUUUGACACGGGAUUCCAUUAUUCUAUUGAUUUGCAUAGCUGUUUAAAGAGUUUCUAGAGUUCAGCGACUAUAUGUUGUAUACUUUAAAUAAAUCACAGUAUGCAAUGGUUUCAGUGAAAUCCUUGACCAUGAUGACCUACAUAAAGAAAAGCUGCUAGUAAAUGAAAGAGAUCUGUCAGCACGACGGUUUGGGGAUCAACUACGACACGAGUUACAGAAAAUUGCAGAAAAAGUUCCAUGGCUAAUUGGCCAGAUUGUCCUGUGAUUAUAACACUGACAGUUUUUGUUAAUUCACAGAAUGUAAUGAAGGAUGAAUGUCCAUGGGUGAGGUCUGCAUCAGCAGGAAAAGCUGAAAAACCUGUUAAGAUAUAUUUAAAAGUCCAAAAUCUUUGCCCUCUUUCACAUUUUUCAAAGCUAUACAGUGGGACAGAUCCAUCUUUGACGACCUGAUUCUAGGCCCCAGGCCUUAUCUUUGACCCCCGUGAUAUAGGUUGUCAGGAGGUCAUUAAUGACAAAAGUACAGUAACUUCUAAUAAUUUGGAGCGCUGCAUUUGAACUCUACAAAGUUGGCUAUUGUUAAGAAGCUACAUAAAAGUGAGAAAAGCAAACAUGUUAGCUUUUCAGCAUGUUAAAUUCAUCGAGCGAUAUUCAUCUCACUGUCCGCUAACCGGAAUGGAGGCAGCUUUCAAGGAAGCGAGCAAACUUCAAGUAAUUUAAAUUGCCAUCAUUUGGAUUCACUGUGUUUUAUGUCACAAACUCGCAGCCAUUAAACAAGAAAAUUAUGAGAGCCAAAUGAACCUUCAGGCUUCUUUGUACCUGGAUUUCUUCCUUCUGUCUGUAAUGAAGCAACACUCUACACCACCACACGGUGUCAGUGGUGCAUCCUUGAGAGACAAACCUGCAGUGUGUCAGCCAGAAGAUCAAAAUAUAAUGCUCAUUUCUGCCUCGGCAGCUUUGUAACUAUUGUUUUCCCAGCUUGCAGCCACUAACUGAACAUUAAGAAAGACGUGAAGAGCACUAACACACUCGCACAGCCACUGAGCUACAAUCAAAUCUCCUUUUAAAUAAAAACACUGUGUGUCUUUGUUAUAGCUCACUCUGAGUUCUGUUUAUUUUAUUCUUAUUGAUUUGCAUAGCUGUUUAAGCAGUCUACAGUUCAGUGACUAUUUCCUGCAGCCUCUGUAAUAAGUCAUAUUUGUUUUCAGUGAAAUCCUUGACGAUGGUUCAGGAGGCCUUUAAAAAAGAUGCAUUGAAACUUAUAAUUAAUAACAACCACAAAAUGAUCACAAAGAGACCAUGCAUUAAUUUAAAAAGACAAAAGAAGAAAAUAAAUAAGUGCAAUAUACAUUCUAAAGUUAUAUUUCAUGUGGGUUUGAAAAAAAUCCACACAUGCAAAAGAAAAACGCUAUUUUCUCCCCCUUUUACCUAAAAAAAUUAUACAAAUAUAGCACAAAUGGGCUGGUAAUCCAGAUUUCACCACCACCUCUGUUAAGUGGCCUUUUAUGACUAAACUAACUAAUAAUGAUAUGUUGAGAAUGUUAAUAAGGGUGUUAAUGAAUCCUUUGCUUCAUUAGGGUAUUUUUGGUAAUCCACUCAUUGAGAGUUAUGGUUUAGUUAUACUUUAAUAAACAGAUUUUUGACUCAGAUUCUUCACAGCUGCGGAUCAAACGUGUCAAAUUUGUUAACAUUAAAUAAAGUUAGAAGUCACGUUUCCUUUAUAAAUGUAUAUGGGCAACUUGUUAAAAGGUGGCACUAAAAUUUCCUUGGUUAUGGAUUCGCUGGAACUAUUAAAAAGAAAACUGGCUGAGAACCUGCUUACACAGUGUUUUUGUGAGCUUGAUAUUUUUUUUAUUAUACUGAUGCAGUGUGUGUGUGAGAGAGAGAGUGAGAAGCAAGGGAAGCAUUUUAGUUUUACUAACAAGUUGAUUUCUUAUCCUCUGUGUCAAAAAGCAGUUUUUCCUCUUCUAAUUUGUACUUCCUGUGUGGAGACUGUGUAGCAAACCUUGUUUCUUUUAUUCAUUUUACGUUCUGUGUGUGCUGCUGUCUGUUAUCCGUGUUACUAAGAUCUUAUGUUAAACCUCUACACCAGUGAUUUCUACUCAUUUUGGGCCUUUUAUCCAGACCUGUCAAAUUAGUAUAAUCACCAACACACUGCUCAUGUUUCAGUGUUUUAUAUUUAUCUAACAUGGCUCAUUAUCCAAAAACCCAUGUUGUUAUUUUUUGCUUUGUUAUUAUAUGCUUUACAUUUAGUUAACUGUUUUUACAUUUUGAAUGCUGUCAUCAUAACUGUUUUAAUCGUUUAUCCAUUACCUUUAUGGCAUUAAUACUGAAAAUCAAAACUACAAGUGAAUUAAAUAUUUCAUGUCUAAUUGACUAAUUGAAUCCAUAUUUGCUUAUUUAUUACUUCUUAGUACUGCAUUAGAGCCUAUCACAGCAGCUGUAAUGGGAUGAGACG